AUGUCCUGCUCCAGCCUGUGUGUCCCUUCCUGUGGGGUGGCUGCCCCAUGCCCACUGGCUGACACCAUCAACGAGCCCUGCGUGCGUCAGUGCCAGAGCUCCUCAGUGGUGAUCCAGCCCCCGGCUUCGGUGGUCACCUUCCCUGGACCCAUCCUCAGCUCCUUCCCUCAGCACAGCGUUGUGGGCUCAGCGGGAGUCCCUGCCAUUGCUGGGGGCUACGGCGGCAGUUUUGGAGGCUAUGGUGGAUUUGGAGGCUAUGGUGGCUAUGGAGGCCUUGGUGGCUAUGGUGGCUACGGAGGCCUUGGAUUCUACGGGGGCUAUGGAGGCUAUGGUAACUGCGGAGGCUAUGGGCGUCUUGGUGGCUAUGGAGGCCUUGGUGGCUAUGGUGGCUAUGGAGGCUAUGGUAGCUGUGGAGGCUAUGGAGGCUUUGGUGGAUACAGAGGCUUUGGCGGCUACGGCGGCCUUGGAGGCUAUGGAGGCUUUGGGGGCUGUGGAUAUGGAGGCUGGGGCCGCGGUCUCAGGUCCUUCGGUGGUUGGUGUGGCAGCUCGUAA